UCUUGGGCGAGCCUGCGCGAUGCACGCCCGCCCGAGCAGACGAUGCGAAAUUCCGCGAUUUUCGCGGACGGCGCGGACGCCGUGCGCGGCCGACGCCGUGCACCGCUCGCUUUGGCGCCGCGUUCGCGCGGCUAUCGCGCCAGCACUCACCCUUUCCUCGUAGAAAUCCGAACAACGACAGCACCCGUAAAACAAAAUGAAAAAUAGAUUAAAAUGUUGCGUGCCGGAGGACUGGGAGUACGACUAGCCAGCACAUCAGCAGCCACAAGCGCGUCUGGAAAAGUUCUGGACUCGAUAAUAAGAGUCGAUCAUGCCGGUGAAUUGGGAGCAGACAGGAUAUACGCCGGGCAGAUGGCUGUGCUAAGUAGGACAGCAGUUGGUCCGACCAUACGGCACAUGUGGGAUCAGGAAAAGCGGCACCGCGCUAAAUUCGAGGAGCUGAUACGCAAGUACCGGGUCAGACCCACUGUUCUUACCCCGCUAUGGAACAUUGCCGGAUUCGCCUUGGGUGUCGGUACCGCUCUCAUGGGCGAGAAAGCGGCGAUGGCGUGCACCGUGGCGGUAGAAACUGUAAUUGUCGAGCAUUACAACGAUCAAUUGCGCACACUGAUGGAAAACAACGAGAAGGUGGACGAAGAGAUACUCGAGACCAUUAAGAAGUUUCGCGACGAGGAGCAGGAGCAUCACGAUUUGGGCAUAGAUCACGGCGCCGAGCAAACGCCGCUCUACGAAGCUCUGACGAAUGUAAUCAAAUGUGGCUGUAAGAUAGCUAUCUCCAUCUCUAAAGUGAUAUAAACGUGUCUUCGAAUAUUAGAGAGAACAUUUAGACUUUAGUAUUGAAGAUGUUAAAGAUAGAUAUUAACAUGUAGGAAAUAUAUAUUAAUUUAUUAUACAA